AUGGCUGAGACAUUGUCACUGUCAACGUCGGCGUCCAGUCCGACAAUUAAUGAUGGAUCGAUGAUUGCCUAUAAUGCGAAGCCAAUCCUUUGUUUGCCUAGUACAAUACAACCAACACCGUUACCAGUUGUGAAGCUUGAACUCAAUACAAAUUUGAAUGUGCCACCACUGAAUGCAUGGUCUGCUGAUGUGUACGAUGAUUUCUGGACAGAAAUGGAGAACAGUUCAAAAACGAGCCAUGGAACAACAACUAGCACUGCCUCAUCAGGAAAUUUUUCGGGAAACGGAAAUAGAAGUAGUACUGGACAAUGGCGUUUCAGUACUCGAAUCAGAGAUUGUUUCGAAAGUCUUCGUCUUGCUGAUUGCUAUAUCGAUGCUAUAGUUGGUGGUAUUGAUGUCAUUGCUGAAGCUGAAACUUUGAAAAAACUUAUUGCUGCACCCUUCUCCAAGCAACCCCUAAAUUUAAUAGUUCAUAAAAUUGGGAAAACGCUAAUGUUGGAUAAUUGUGCCUACCUGAAGAAUUACGCCUAUAUGAAUCCAACUGUUGGCAUUUCUUCUGUGGCAGAUUUUCUUAAUUCUAAGUCUCAAUGCCUUAUUGGUUUUGCUGGUGCCAAAACUGCAAUUACAACUGGUGAUAUCAUUGCCGAUAUGCAUCGCAAAAUGAUAACUGAGAGUUUGUAUACUAGGAGUUUGGCACCGUUGGAUUACACAGCAGCUACUGCAGAACCAGAUGUUCCAGCCCAGACCAAUAAAACUUAUGAAAAUGAAUCGUCAAAAAAGAUCAAUGAAAGUGGUGGUUUAGUCGAUCCGUUGGAAGAUUAUUUAUACACAAAAAUAAGGAUGGAUGAUGGAAAAAUCGAACUAGAUGCUUAUGGUCGAUUGUGGAAUUUUUAUGAUCUCAAUAUGCUCGUUGAUGUUAAUUUACCUAUAUUUGGUUGCAAAUCCAACCCUUGUGUUACUUUACAUCCCAAAGAUCUCAAACAACGUCCUAUCAACUUCUUAACCGGGGUAGACUUGUAUUUGGACCAGUCAAUGUGUAAUGCACCUGAAGCAUUACUUUGUUGGCAUUUAGGUGGCUAUGUAAAGGAGUAUGAGCUGAUUCGUACCGAAGAUAUCCCACAUUUGGAAAACUCGAAAUUUGACCCACUCAUUUUAAGAAAUGUUGCGGAAAACAUCAUCGCGUUUCUUCAGGACAAAGUUGCGCAGGAAGGACACACAUAUUGGUUGUGUCAUGACAAAGGAGACAGUGAUCGUGAACCAAUGUUGCGAUUAUGGGAUUUGACACCGCUUUGUGGUGAUCUUUUGGAAGACUCUACGGCUAAUCCAUUUACGCUGAGUGUCGGAAUACUUAUCUAUAAAGUAGCUCGUAAUCUUAUGCGUCGUUCUGCGCACAGACGCCCAAAACGUAUUGCUAAUGCUGCAUUUCGUCUUCUGAAUGUAUGCUUGGGUAUUAUUGAUCGAAAGAAACAUCCACAGAUAGUAGCAUGUGUAUACUAUUUGCUGGCGAACUUGUAUCUUUCAUAUGGUUGUGACGCAGUGAAACGUAGUGCAGGCCAAGAAGAGGAGAUGGAACGUGCCGAACCUCAGUGGACUUAUGAUGAUAAAUGGCAGCGAGAAUACGGUGAAGAAUACGCUAGUUAUGCGGCUAUUUCGAUUGAGUCAUUGAUGAAGACACGUUACACAGUUAGUAGACGUGAGAAGCCACCAAAGUUGCGUACGUUACCAAACUGUGCAACAAAGGAAGACUGCUGUAAGGAGGCCCUAGAACACUGUUUAGAAGGUUUGCGAUAUAUGGAUUUAUUUGAUCAAAUGGAACAAGAGGCUCAACGGCUGGGAAAACCUUUGCCUGAUCCGAUGUCUUUUAUCCGAGAUAUGGGCACGAACAUUGAUCUUGGGAGAGAAGAAGCAGACGCAAUGCUUAAGGUAGAUGUCCGUUCCAUUUUGUUUAUUCGUGCUGGAAGUGCUUAUCGUAUGUUGGCUGAUAGUUCAUUUAUUUUGUCAAGAUAUGGCCGAACAUUGAGAUUUGCACGCGUUGGACUCUACUGCUGUCUUGCGGUACUCGCUUUGAAUGCAGGUCUAAACUCCGAACAUUCUCAACGAAAUCUAGCCACAGCACGAGCUUUGCUUCCUGCGAUGAUGUGUCAUAUCGCGGAAGCCCUUGGCAAUAUUGCGUGUAGUUCACUGCCGGUUAAAGAUCAGGCUAAGGCUGAUCUGAAACGUUGCUAUCGUGAUAAGCAGAUCAAAGCACAAGCGUUAUAUUGCCUCAAUAAUAAUCAUGAUUCGUACUCGGUAUUUUCUGCUGAUGCUACUGCUGCAACAACUCCAUUAUCUUCAUCAAUGGAUGACUUUGGUGAUAAUGGUUCAGGGAUUCAAGAAAGAGGAAAUAUAAAUGAAUCGAAAGAAGUUGGAUAUGUUGGCUCUACUGAAAGUGACAUUCAGAUUCAAACCAAUUCUUUUACCGCUCCUACAGUUGCUGUCAAUUUAAAUUCUGCUAAUUAUGUUGGAAUCUGUGAUGGAUCUCUUGCAAAAAUCUGUAGAAGCGAUAAAGAUCGUCCAUAUAGUUGGGCAUUCCCGAAAACUUUCCACAUGCCAUUUGUCGAAUUGUUAGCAAUUUCGGAGCGCGCUGCUGAUGUAGCUAUUGCAAGUGGUAAAAAAAUUGCUCCGAUGUCUUUAUUCCCACCGACCGCGGAUGCUAUUCUUUAUCCAGAUCAGUUAGCUCGUCGUUUGGGUAAUUUGAAGAAUAUUUUGGCUGUUCAUCAUAUCGAACGACUUAAAGGCUUCGUGCAGCGUGCAGCACAGAAAGGAGCAAAAUUGUUCACUGAUAAAGGCAAGUAUUUCUGA